UCAAUUACCCCCUUUUCUCACUCUCUCCAGAAGCUCCAGAUGGCGUCUUCUGUGGGCAACGUGGCCGACAGCACAGAACCAACGAAACGUAUGCUUUCCUUCCAAGGGUUAGCUGAGUUGGCACAUCGAGAAUAUCAGGCAGGAGAUUUUGAGGCAGCUGAGAGACACUGCAUGCAGCUGUGGAGACAAGAGCCAGACAAUACUGGAGUACUUUUAUUACUUUCAUCUCUACACUUCCAGUGUCAAAGGCUGGACAGAUCUGCCCACUUUAGUACUCUGGCAAUUAAACAGAACCCUCUUCUGGCAGAAGCCUAUUCGAAUUUGGGGAAUGUGUACAAGGAAAGAGGGCAGUUGCAGGAAGCGAUUGAGCAUUACCGGCAUGCAUUGCAUCUCAAACCAGAUUUCAUCGAUGGUUAUAUUAACCUGGCAGCCGCUUUGGUAGCAGCAGGCGACAUGGAAGGGGCAGUACAAGCUUACGUCUCUGCUCUUCAGUGCAAUCCUGAUUUGUACUGUGUUCGCAGUGACCUGGGGAACCUGCUCAAAGCCCUGGGUCGCUUGGAAGGAGCCAAGGCAUGUUAUUUGAAAGCAAUGGAGACGCAACCGAACUUUGCAGUAGCUUGGAGUAAUCUUGGCUGUGUUUUCAAUGCACAAGGGGAGAUUUGGCUUGCCAUUCAUCACUUUGAAAAGGCUGUCACCCUUGACCCCAAUUUUCUGGAUCCUUAUAUCAAUAUAGGAAAUGUCUUGAAAGAGGCCAAGGCUGGGGAGAGGCCAGAAGAAGGGUGGCGGUUUGCCUGGGGGGCUGAGGAGCCGUCUGUGGUUGGGGGUGGGAGCCUGGAAGGGUCUGGCUUUCCCAUAGUCCCGGGCAGCUGUAGCCUGAAGUUCUGGGGCCCUCCUAGCUCCCCAGAGAACCCGCUGCUGCCCGGCCCUGGGGACCCAGGCGUCCUGGCGGAGCUCGGAGAACGCGGGGCGGCGCGCGGCGUGCGGGUGGCGGCUGAGCUCGGCGCUGGCGCUGGCGCCCGCUGGCGGGGUUCGCCCGGGACUGCCUCAGGCUCGCAGAGUGUGCCGCCGGCCCGGCAAGAGGGCCCGCCUGACUGCGCCGGCCCGUGGCGGGAGCUCGGGGACCGCGUCCGGGAGGCAGUGGCCGCCAGCGCGGGGCAGUCGGCGGCCACCCCCUGGGGACCGGGGCUGCGCGGCCGCUUCCCGCCUCGCGGCGCCGCCAGGCCGACCGCCCGGCUUGGCUCCGCCGCGCCCUGGCCGCGGCGUCCGGCCCGGGUUCCGCGCCGCUAG